AUGCCAUUUGGUCAAAUAGUUAUAGGUCCACCAGGAAGUGGAAAGACAGUAUAUUGUAAUGGAAUGUCACAAUUCUUAGCAUCUAUAGGAAGAAAGGUAGCAGUUGUAAACUUGGACCCAGCAAAUGAGACGAUACCAUAUACAGCAACGAUCGAUGUACGAGAUUUGAUCGAUUUUGAGAAACUAAUGAUAGACGAAGAGUUGGGACCCAACGGUGCUUUACUCUACUCGAUGGAGUAUCUGGAAAAGAAUCUAGAUUGGUUAAAAGAGGAACUUGCAAAGAUACCCGAUCACUAUAUCAUAUUUGAUUGUCCCGGUCAGAUUGAAUUGUACACUCACGAUAAAACUGUUAGUAGAAUAUUUGAUGAAAUUACAAAUUGGUCUUAUAGAUUAACAGUGAUACAAGUAUUUGAUUCAUUCUAUUGUAAAAAUCCAAGUAAUUAUAUAUCGGUAUUGUUGGUAUCGUUGAGUUCUAUGCUUCGUAUUGCAUUACCACAUGUCAAUGUAUUCUCAAAAAUAGAUUUAAUAGAAAAGAAUGGUGAACUAGAUUUCCAAUUAGAAUAUUAUACAGAUGUAUUGGAUCUUGGAUUUCUACAUACAUUCUUGGAUGCCGAUAAAAGACAUCCACAAUUUGGCAAAUUAAACAAAGCAUUGACAUCGUUGAUUGAGGAUUUUAAUUUGGUUGCAUUCCAUCCACUCAAUAUCUUGGACAAGGAAAGUGUCUAUGAUCUCGUUAAAGCCAUCGACAAGAGCAACGGAUUUGUAUAUAACUCACUCAAUACCAACAAUGCCGCCAUCAUGGAACUACAUGAAAGAGAGAUGAAAUGGGAGUUUGACAAGAAACAAGAAAUACAAGAACGUUAUUUUACUACUAAAUUUGAUGAUCAUGAUGAUAAUGAUAAUAAUAAUGAUCAAUUUAUGAAAGAUAGUUAA